AUGUCUCAGAACGAUAUAACCGCUCUUAAAAAACAGCGCACGAUAAUUAAGGCAUCAUGUACGCGAAUCAAGACAUACGCGGAAGCUGUUACCUCCGUUACGCCGUCGGUAACGGCACAGCUCGAAGAGCGAAAGUUAAAACUGGACCAUUAUUGGUUAGAAUAUUGCAAUGCUCAGUCUCAGCUAGAAAUGUUAGUCGAGGACGAAUCGAACGAUCGUGCCACUUUCGAAGACGCGUAUUUCGGAUUGGCAGCCAAAAUUAGGGAAUUACUAAUCGUAAGCAGUCCUUCGAAUCGAAGCAUCGUCACUCCAUCGCCUUCGAAUGUAUUAGAAACGCGCGAGUCCACGUUACACGUAAGGUUACCUAAAAUCAGUCUUCCGACUUUCAGCGGCAAGUACGACGAGUGGUUUCCUUUUUUUGACGCAUUUAACUCUAUUAUACAUUCGAACACAUCAAUCGGCAAUAUUCAGAAACUUCAAUACCUACGAACUUCGCUGUCAGGCGAGGCGGCCGAUGUCAUAAGCUCGCUGGAAAUUUCCGAUCUUAACUAUGAAGUAGCCUGGAAAUUGUUGAAAGACCGAUACGACAACAAACGAGUGAUUGUGCACACGCACAUCAAGGCAAUUAUGGAGCUUCCUUCCUUGACGAAGGAAAAUUCCAUCGAGCUGAGGCAAGUCGCAGACGGCGCAUCUAAGCACAUACGCGCUCUUCAAGCAUUAAAGCGUCCGACAUCCCAGUGGGAUGACUUACUCGUGUACAUUUUAAGCUCAAAACUCGACGCGAUUACACUGCGCGAAUGGCAAUCUUCGCUGUCCGAUACAGACCUACCAAAUCUAAAGCAGCUUCUCGAUUUUAUGAACCAUCGAUGCCAAGUUCUCGAAGCCACAAGUAAGUCCACGAACGCAUCAAAUAAGCAAAACAACGCGCGGGCAUCAUCGCAAGGAAGGCGUCAGACGGCGUGCGCGACAACGCUUAAUUUCAAAUGCAGCUAUUGUCAGGGCAGCCAUUCGAUUUAUAAAUGCAAGGAAUUUUUGGCGCUUUCAGUGCCCUGCAGAAAUUUAGAAAUGCGUAAACGCAAGACCUGUAUUAAUUGUCUGCGUUCCACCGCGCACAUUGCUAGCAACUGCCCAUCAGGCAAUUGCAGAACGUGCAAAGCUAAGCACAAUACGCUGCUACACACAGCAAGUGCUCAGGAUAGCGAUGCGAAUAAGAGUGAAGAAAGGGCGCCGGUUUCGUCUUCGGCGGCGGUAGUCAUGCACACGCAUAAUUUCCCCGGAGAUCAGUCCAUUCUGCUGUCCACGGCCGUCAUUCACGUUUAUGAUGCCGCGGGGAAGCCUGUCGCCUGCCGAGCUUUACUAGAUUGUGGUUCACAGGCUAAUUUUAUUUCUGAGAAGUGCUUAUCCAGGCUCAGCCUAAAAUCACAGUCAACGAAUAUAUCAAUUUCAGGUAUAAACGGGACAACUAGUACGUCUACUCAGGUUGUGCGUUUGAAAUUUCAAUCUCGGUUGAACUCCUAUUCCGCUAUUAUUGACUGCGUAGUAACAGAGCAAAUUACGGACAGGCUUCCUGCUCUAACUCUUGACCAAGACAAGGUCGAUAUUCCUCGAAAUCUAAAGUUGGCUGACCCCCAGUUUUUCAGAACAUCAGAUAUCGACAUUUUACUAGGCGCCGAGAUAUUUUGGGAAUUAUUAUGUGUAGGACAAGUACAAUCCUCGCUAAGGCACCCAACGCUUCAAAAAACUCGACUAGGUUGGAUCAUAGCCGGUCGAAUCGGCAUUUCUUCGCACAUCCCGCGAGGGGUACGUUCUUUUCAUGCUACCAUAUCUAAUGCGCAGUUGCAUGAACAGCUAGGUCGUUUUUGGCAACAAGAAAAUUCCAACAACAAUUCUAGCAACCACACUUUGGUGGAGGCCAAUUGUGAGCAACAUUUUCUAAAUAACGUCUCUCGCGAUCCAAACGGUAAAUUCAUAGUAAAGCUUCCACUGAAGGAGCAGCUAAUCACCAAGAUCGGCAACUCAAGAGACACCGCGUUAAAACGUUUGCAGGGCGUUGAAAGGCGCUUUCAACGCACUCCCAAUUUGAAAGCACAGUAUGUAGAAUUCAUGAAUGAAUACGCGUCACUGGGCCAUAUGAAAAUCGCAGACAUCAAAUCAAGCGAAGAUUCAACAGCCUUUUAUCUACCACACCAUUGCGUUUUCAAGAACGCAGAUGGAAAUUCAAAAAUACGCGUGGUGUUCGACGCGUCGUGCAAGAGCAGCACAGGCGUUUCGCUCAACGACGCGCUCGCGGUAGGGCCUGUCGUACAACAGGACUUGAUGUCGAUCCUGUUACGAUUUCGUACGCAUCGAUACGCUAUUUCGGCUGAUAUAGUCAAGAUGUACAGACAGAUUCUGGUGGACCCGUUACAAACCAACUUACAGAGGAUCUUAUGGCGAAAUGACGUCAGUUCAGACGUCACGGUGUAUGAGUUAACGACGCUCACUUACGGCACUUCCUCGGCACCAUAUCUCGCCACGAGAUGCCUUAAAUACUUGGCGGAACAGCACGCAUCAGAAUUCCCGGUGGGAUCGAAAUGCGUAGAACGCGAUUUUUACGUCGACGAUCUACUCACAGGAGCAGAUACGAUCGCGGACGCGAAAUUAAUAAUAAAGGAAACUACUCAGUUGCUCCAGUUAGGCUCAUUCAAACUUAGCAAAUGGGCAUCGAGCUGUUCGCAGCUGUUAUUGGGCGCGGAGGGACAUUUAGAAGGCUCAGUGCUCAUCGGCGACGACGUCUUUUCACGCGUUCUCGGAAUUCACUGGGAUCAAAACAAAGACACGUUGCAUUUUUCUCAUAAGGAUAAUGCGGACUAUUCCUCAACUUCGAAACGUCUAAUACUGUCAGAGGUAGCUAGGUUGUUUGAUCCAUUAGGAUUAAUCGGACCUGUUAUUGUCACAGCGAAAAUUAUCAUCCAGGAAUUAUGGCAAACAGGUCAUCAAUGGGACGAAUCAGUUCCUCAAAGCAUACAGUCGCGCUGGAUAAAGCUUAGAUCGCAGCUAGUAGAUCUAAACGAACUACGGAUCCCACGUUGCGUCAAGUUUGCAGCGGAUCCUCAGCUUGUCCAGGUGCAUGGGUUUUGCGACGCCAGCCAACGAGCCUAUGGCGCCUGCAUAUACCUGCGAACCGAAACCGCCAAUGGGUAUCGCGUGGAGUUGCUUUGCUCUCGAUCGCGUGUAGCACCGCUCAAGUGCACACAGCAUUUGAGGAGGGUGCUCGCGCUGACAUCGACAUACAAAUUUUUGGGAAUUGAGAUCGCCGCGGGACCAAUGUCUCAAGUGGAAAUUGUGAUUAGUGAUACCCGAGGUCACCGCAUCAUCCUGCCGCACGUUCAGCAGCAGCCCGGAGCUUGA